AAAAUGUCAUUUAAUUUGAUUGAACCAUUAUUGUUCCCUCAUACUCAUUCCUAGUAUUAUUCUCUUCUUUGCACUUUUCUCUUAUGUCACCGCCAUUAAUUCCUAGCAAUUGAACCACAUAAUACUCUAAUUUUUUAACUCUUGCUCUCUUAGGUCACUGCAAUUAAUUCAAAGCAUUUAUUCUCUUGGAUUAUUUCACCAAAGAUAGCUCAUUUUUUGUUGUUUUUUUUUUUUUUUUAAUUUUAUUAUUAUUUCACCCUUAUAACUACUUUCUAAAGGUAUAUAUAUAAUAUAUAUUGAGGAAGAAGUUUGAGUGGUUCUCUAGAGAAUUAGAUGGCUGGUGGUGGGGGUGGUGGAAGAUCGUUGGAGGAAACGCCGACAUGGGCGGUUGCCGUAGUUUGUUUUGUAUUGGUUGCAAUUUCAAUUGUGAUUGAGCAUAUUAUCCACCUCAUUGGAAAGUGGUUGAAGUCUAAAAAUAAAAGUGCCUUGUAUGAAUCACUUGAAAAGAUCAAAGCAGAGCUUAUGCUGCUGGGAUUCAUAUCAUUGUUGCUAACAGUAGGACAAAGUCCAAUUUCCAACAUAUGUGUAUCAGAAAAAAUUGGAAAUUCAUGGCAUCCAUGUAGUAAGCAAAAAGAAGAAGAUGCAAUUAAAGGUGAAGAAAUUCCAGAUGACUCAUCGGAGCAACACCGCCGGAGACUUCUUAUGGAAGCUGCCGGUGGCAGCGUUCGGCGAAUGUUGGCUGCUGGUGGGGAGGACAAAUGUGCAGCCAAGGGAAAAGUACCAUUUGUGUCUGCUGAUGGCAUUCAUCAAUUACACAUUUUCAUAUUUGUGCUGGCUGUUUUUCACGUUCUCUACUGUAUAUCCACUUUGGCUUUGGGAAGAGCUAAGAUGAGAAGUUGGAAGUCAUGGGAAAAUGAAACCAAAACAGCUGAAUACCAAUUUGCUCACGAUCCUGAGAGGUUUCGGUUUACCAGAGAAACAUCAUUUGGUAGAAGGCACUUGAGCUUCUGGACCAAAAAUCCUGUCCUACUUUGGAUUGUUUGUUUCUUCAGGCAAUUCGUAAGAUCUGUCCCAAAAGUUGAUUACUUAACACUAAGGCAUGGAUUUAUCGCGGCGCAUUUGGCACCUCAAAGCCACCAAAAAUUCGAUUUCAGGAAUUACAUCAAACGAUCACUCGAAGAAGAUUUCAAAGUGGUCGUAGGAAUCAGCCCCCCAAUAUGGUUCCUCGCUGUGUUGUUCUUACUCUUCAAUACUCAUGGCUGGUAUUCCUAUCUCUGGCUACCAUUCAUCCCCUUGAUUGUGAUAUUGUUAGUAGGGACAAAGCUACAAGUGAUAAUAACAAAGAUGGGGCUAAGGAUUUCAGAAAGAGGAGAAGUAGUGAAGGGUGUACCUGUGGUUCAGCUAGGGGAUCACCUUUUUUGGUUCAACCGUCCUCGUCUCAUUCUUUUUCUCAUUAACUUUGUCCUCUUUCAGAAUGCUUUCCAAUUGGCCUUCUUUGCUUGGACUUGGUAUGAAUUCGGGUUGAAGUCUUGUUACCACGACCAUACUGAGGAUAUCGUCAUCAGAAUAACUAUGGGGGUUCUCAUUCAGAUUCUAUGCAGUUAUGUUACCCUUCCUCUUUAUGCCCUUGUAACACAGGUAAUUAACUGAUUACAAUUUCAGAAUUAUCAAUGGAGAUAUUGAAUAUGCAAAUUAUGCCAGUACUGCUUAAACAAUUAACUGUUGAAAUAUUAUCCAAAGAAGAUAUUAAGCAUAUCAUUAACUUGUAUAUAUACGCUGGGAGAAAGAAGUUUCACAUUAUUAAUGCAUUUUAAUAUGUUGUAGCAGGU